AGUGGCGGCGGGGGGCACGUGCAGGAGCCGCGAGGGGCGGAUCGGAUGGAACCCGAGUGCGGAUGGGGAUCCGCGACGGAGUGACGGAGUGACACUUCUGCGGUGCGGACGGGAGCUCCCAGCGCGAGAGCAGAAAUAAAAGCGAUCAAUAAGAAUCACUAAGAAGAGGAAGAGAAGCCGGAGCCGGAGCCGCCGCGCGGUCGGUUCGCUCCAGACCAGCUCUCCCGCGGAUUCGAACCCAUGUCCGUCGGCUGGCGGCACACGUCCGCUCCUCUCCUCGCCUUCCUGCUGUGACCUUCACCUUGAGUCGCGUUGAUCCCCCCCGGGUCCGAUUUGGCCCGAACUGAUCUGGCCCGAUUUGGCCGCCCGGUGCCAGCCAGGUGGAUCGACGCGACACGACCCGGCAGCGAGUGAGCGAGAGAGUGAGUGAGUGAGCGAGUGCUUGUCGGGCGGCUGCAGCGGAGCGUCGCGCCGUCAUGUUGGGCACCGCGGGGGUCUACGCGGUCAAGAAGAGGAAGAAGCCCGUGCAGAAAACUCCGAAGCCACCGCCUCCCGAUGGCACCAAGUCCAACCCGUCGAAGCGGCACCGGGACCGGCUAAACGGGGAGCUGGACAAGCUGACUGGCCUGCUGCCCUUCUCCGAGGAGGUGCGGGCGCGGCUCGACAAGCUGUCCGUGCUGCGGCUCAGCGUGGGCUACCUGAAGGCCAAGAGCUUCUUCAGUGCCACCGUGAAGAAGAGCGGCGCCGGGUGGUCCCAGGGGGGCCGGCUGAGCGCGCCCGUCAUCGAUGGGGUGGGCUUCUCCGAAGGGGACCUCCUGCUCCAGGCCCUCAACGGCUUCAUCCUGGUGAUCACCGCUGAGGGGUACGUCUUCUACAGCUCCCCCACCAUCCAGGACUACCUGGGCUUCCAUCAGUCCGACGUGAUCCACCAGAGUGUCUUCGAGCUCAUCCACACAGACGACCGCUCCAUGUUCAAGAGGCAGCUGCACUUUGCCCUCGAUCCCAGCCAGGGCGACGAGGCCGUCGCCCAAGAAGGUGCGCAGAACGGCAGCGAGGUCACGAGCGUGGUGGCCUACGACCCCCAGCGCAUCCCCCCGGAGAACUCCUCCUUCCUGGAGAGGAGCUUCUGCUGCCGUUUCCGCUGCCUCCUGGACAACUCCUCCGGCUUCCUGGCACUCAACUUCCACGGCCGGCUGAAGUAUCUCCACGGGCAGAGCAAGAUGGCUGAGGACGGAACCGUGGCGCACCCUCAGCUGGCCCUGUUCGUCAUCGCCGCCCCCGUGCAGCCGCCCUCAGUCAUGGAGAUCAGGACCAAGACGCUCAUCUUCCAGACCAAGCACAAGCUGGACUUCACGCCCCUGGGCAUUGACACCAGAGGGAAGGUGGUCCUGGGAUACAAUGAAAUUGAGCUGUGCAUGCGAGGCUCUGGGUAUCAGUUCAUUCACGCCGCCGAUAUGAUGCACUGCGCAGACAACCAUAUCAGGAUGAUCAAAACCGGAGAAAGUGGCCUCACGGUAUUCAGGCUGCUGACCAAGACGGAGGGAUGGGUCUGGGUUCAAGCCAACGCUCGGCUCGUGUUCAAGGGGGGACGGCCCGAUUUCAUCAUUGCGCGCCAAAGAGCCUUAACCAAUGAAGAAGGUGAGGAGCACCUCAGACAGAGGAGAAUGCAGCUACCCUUCAACCUCACGACUGGCGAGGCCGUCCUGUAUGAAACCGGUCCCACUCUGGACAUGCCGGACAUCAACGGCAGGGCUAAGAUGCAGAAGAUGUCUGACGGGCAGGCCAUCGAUCCCGAUUCUCUCCUUGGCCUCAUGCUGAAGCAGGACCAGUCGGCUUACCUCAAGCAGUCCGAAUCUCAGUUCUCCUUGGACCAGGUCUUCAUGGACAGCCGUGCCCUACUCAACGUCCCCAGCGACGCCUGGCAGCAAGGAACCCUUGAUAGCAGUGUCAACGAGGAAACCCCGGUCAAGGCCAUGUUGGACACUCUGGAACAGAUCCUUGAAGAUCAGGACACCCUGAAGGACCUGGACAUAGACGAAGCAGAGCUGGAAGAGUGGGAGAACGCCCUGCUCAGUAUGAACACUAGCAGUAGCAGCAGAUCAGUAGAGCUCGAUGACAUCCUCACUGAAGAUAUCUUCUCCUUCGUGGCAAACACCAUGCUCAAAGACAAUGGCACAAGCCAGGGCUUGAUCAGUUCCAAGCAGCUCAGCUCCCUGGGAGCCCUCAACUCCGACUUUUGCAGCCAGGUGGCGUCUGCAGGAGCUCCAGAGUGUCUAUCAGUGUUGGACUUGCAGGACACUGCACAACCAAAUAACCAGGUCAUCAUCCAGCAAAACUCGGCCUUGUUUGGGGGACUUCAGAAUGAGAUUACGCCCGAUCCCCAGACUGGGUUCAUGGGAAUAGGUGGGGAGGCCACGGUCGGGAGAAGAAACGCACCCGUCAGUGUGGAGGAGAUCAUGCUUUUUGGUCCCCAGGCACCCAUCGACCUGAAUGACCCCACACUGCAGACACAGCCAGAUGGCAUGUUCACCCAGUUUUGGGACACUCUAAAACUCAGCCACCCGAACGACUCAAACAGCCUCAUGGCCUUUGACCCUGCACUGGCAGGCUCUAGUGCCCAGAUGCAGAGCCAGAUUAUGCCAGGAGCAUCUGGUUUGCAGUCCGUUUUUAGUCCCGCUAAGCAGAAUCAUUUGCCCGCCUGCCCGCAGCAGUCCAAGCAACCAGCAUCUUGCGGUCCCGUGUCUCUUUCUGUCCAGAACUCCUUGCUGCCCACGAUGGCAGCACAGCCGAUGGCAUUCCAGCAGUACGGUGCCUUUAACACACCCAGUAACGUGGCCCCCAGUCAGGAUAGCCAGUGGUUCCCCUCCAUCCCCAACACUAACUUCACCGACACUUUGCGGGAAACCUCCGUCCCAAGCCUUGCGCUCCAGCAGCAACCCGACUUGAGUUCCUCACCAACCACUGGCUACCAAGGACACCUUUCAGUUCAGGCCCAGAACAGUCGGACUGCAAGGCUUCAGACCUGGGAGCAGCAAAAGCACGCCUCUCCCGUGGUGUACAAUGGACUGCCCGUGUCUUGCAGACAAGCCAGAGACUACCAAGGGACCCCUCUCGCUCCAGCGAACCCCCAGAGCUACAGUGGCACCUAUGGACCCUUGAACAUGACCAGUGGAGUCUGCCUUCCCCAGGAGGACAAGGUGGACGUCCCACAGCCAGUGACGAGCAGCUGCAUGUUUGAGAACGGCUCGUCCUCCCCCAUCAACGGCAUGCGGCUCGGUCACUCGGGACUCUUCUCGUGUCAGAAGGCGAGUCUUCCGAACGGUCCCAAUCCGCCACUGGCGUCGUGCGAAUUCCAGAGCAAAAUCAUCGUUCCCGGCGUCAACCCGGCCGCAGUGGCUCCCGAGGAGGUGGGAAUGGCGAGCUUGUCGUGUAGGAUGGUCCCCGGCUUCUCCCCGGAGGGUCUUCGGGGCCAGCAGCAGUAUGUCGGCUGCAACGGACAGACACAGAUUGCUACCCACCUGACGGAUGAAAAUGCACAAUUUGCCCUCCUUCCCCUCUCCAACGGGACUCAGAUUUUCUCACAGAGCAGCCAGACCAACUGCUGUGACUACUAGGAGGGCGCCGUCGGCUUGAAGGAUGUAUCUGCUUCUGGCCGCGCCUUCGGAGAUUCCCUCCGCAGUCCCGCGCCAGGGGGACGUGGACAUCUUGAUGUCUCGUCUUUGGUCUGCGCCACUCGUGGGACAGCGGGCUCUUCCAUCCAACACUUUGCUGCCUGCAGAGAGACUUUUUCCCUUUCUGCCACUUGCCUUGUUUGGAUCCAGUCAAGAAGCCGCGACAGAUUGUAUUUAUUCCAGUUUUUUUUUUUUUUUUUUUUUUUUUUUACUGUGAUUCGCUUCCCGUUGUCUCUAAAAUCGGAGAACGGUGGAAAAUGUGGGACGUGGACUCAUCUCUCAGCGGGUGAGCUUAGCGAGCGGUAGCAGUGUAAUGAAGUACACGGGGGUGGGGCGCACAAGCAGUGAGAUGAAUUUAAGCAGAAAGCAUAUCUAACUGAACGUUUUGUCUAAACAAUCCAAAAGGGAACCGGUUAGGAUGGAGUCGUUCCAUGUGAAAUUUCCGGAAUUACCCGUUCAGCUUCCCUGCACUUACAGCUGGAUGGUGGAAAAAAAUCUGUGUCACACUUUUCCGUGUGACGUUCAAAACUGUGACACGGCUCAAUACUUCUGCAAUAUCUCUUGUAGCUUUCCAAAGGAGACGUAUGAUGUGUGCGAGUAUAUUUGCGCGUGCAGCAUCAUACUGUAUAUACACCGUAUACUCGUUCACGUCGUAUGUCGAGGAGGAGCCGCUGUGGCUGUGGCCCCAGUUACGGUAUUCGCUCUGCACUUUGUUCCAUUGCUAUAUCGAAAUAACGCAGCGUAACGCCCUGCGUGAACAGGAAUGUUUGCCUAAGAAAUAUCAUUUAUGCAGCUUUGUUUUGUUGUCAAGACUUUGUUGUCAUUGAGCCAUUUUUUGUCCUUUUUUACAAUUCCGUUGAGACUACAGUCGAGCCUUCGUGCGUCUGUCUGUGCGUCUUCCGGUCGGAAACGCCCGCUCCAUCCGCUCCUCGGCCCCCUGUGAACCGACCGCUAGGCCUUUGCUCAGGCACUAGCGCAGCAUGUGUCUGAGCGGCUCCGGCGAGCCGUAAUUGGCUGCCCGCGACGGCAAAAUCGCUUCUCCCGGUCGUUCUGGCUCCUGUGGGACUCUCCUCGCACCCGAAGCCCCACUUACCGCCCGUUAACGCGUCGGCCCCGCUGAGGAUGGAGCGACGCGGAGAGAAGCGGACGUGACCGUUGUCGCAUCCCAGCGCCUUACCGAUGAGUUCGCUCCUCGGGGUCGAGGUGCGAACGCGACCGGCGUUGAUGGGACGGCGCAUCCGGUCACGCGCUCUUCCCCCCCGAAUGUACAGCGUCUUCUGUAAAUGUAAACGUGAAAACUGAACAUGUUGCAGUUUCUUUCCUUAAGCUUGAGAGUGAACCAUGACUGACUCCGGUUUGCGAGCGGAACCAGGAGAGCGAAAGGCCUCCGCCGUGACGGUGUUGCGAGGAGCCCGGGGGGUGUUGAGGGUUCCCACGUACGUCUUCACCCAACGUGAGUGAAUCGCAGCAACGGAACGGGAUUUUCGCGGGAUGCGGAGCGGCUCUCGUAAGAAGGCCCGCGGACGGAUGUGGGCGCGGAAGCCACGGGUUUGUUUUGUUGCAGCAGCCGUCCAAGCAGAGACGUUUCGCCGUGUUUUCGCCGUGUUUUCACCGUGUUUCUCUCCUUUCAGCUCUUCGAUUGUUUGUUUUUUGAAGGGACGCCUUUCGUGCUUUGCAGUGAAGACGAGGAGCUCUGUGGCAGCUACGUUUUUCCGAUUAAUUUACCGGCAUUGAGUCCACCGCUUUGUCUGCGUGCGUGCGUGCGUGCGUGUGUGGAGGGGGCGUCUCGGAACAUCACAGAACCGCAAAGCGCAUCACUAUGGACUUAGUUAUCAAUAGUUAAUGAUAUUAGUUAUUAGUCAGUGAGUAAUUAGUCUUCGGUUAAUAAUAAUAACUCCACUCAGUAGUUAUGUGUCUGCGAUCGGGGUUCCGCUACCGCUGGCUCCUUCAGCGCUGCGUGACGGGAGACACGCAACGCGCGACGUCACGGUUCAGCGGCGGUCGAGGGUUCGGCGCUCACUUUCCAGCUGAGACCCCGAGUUCAUUCUAACCCCGGACGUUAGGCCUUCGAAACAAGACUUUGCUUUCGUUGUGGCCGAAAGUGGAAAACUGUGGUGACUUUUUUUUUUAAUUCUCACCUUUAUUUAAUUUAUUGCAUUACUACAUUUUGGAGUGUACUCCACGUGUUGGGAAAGGCCUCACGCGGGUGUCAGCCAUGUGGAAUAAGAGAAAGGAGAACAUGGCCAAGUGUGUCCUGUCAUCGUCCUACAGCCCACUCGAACCCUGGGGGGCCGGGCUGCUCCAAACCCCCCCCCCCCAGAGGAUACGCACACUGUUAUUCUCCCUUUACGGUCCACGUCUCAGUCCCGCUCGGCGUCCAGUGCCACUUUUAAAAUAAGGAACAGUGAUCUUUGUAGGUUUUCGUGCGCAGAUCUGCUGUUUUUCUCCUUCCGGGAAACUUUUCUCUCCGUCGUAUUUUCUUUCUCAAAACCACAGAAACAUGAGCCGUUGCACAUCCCGGCGUGGGCCGAGUCUCUGCCCCGAAAACGCUCUUUCGCUGUAUUAUGUACAGCCUCAACGUGUCUGUUUUUCUAUUUGACUCCUUUUUUAUGUCUUUUUUUAUUCGUGCGUUUCUUCGCUUCAUUGUCACACGGUCUUGUAAAGGCUGUCAUAUACAAUACUGCUCAUGUUGGACACCACACUUCAGUACAGUAUGUAAGUUCUCUUCAAUGUUGUU